GGAAACUUUCCCAGAGUUCCUCCGAGCUCUCGGGGACUUACGGAGGGGCGGUGGAGCUGAGGUUGCUUUCGGUUUAGUGAGGGAGGGGCCGUGGGUCGGGAACUGCGGAGCCCCACCCCAUCUCUGGGGCGGCGGUGGCUCCCGGCUGGCUCCUUCACAGGUGUCUCGUGGGCUCGGAGCUGCCAUCCAGCGGGCCCGGAUCGGAGCUCUUCACUAGUGCGGAUACCUAACUUACCCGCUUCCGUGGAGGAAGUCAAAUCCCAGGCUGGCCCCACUACGACGCAGAGUGAGAGCGGGCCCAGACGGGCGCCAGGCAGCACGGGCCCAUCUCGGUGGGUUCGACAGCAGCAAAACACUAUCCAGUGUUUUGCCCCAAAAUGAAAUCUUUUGCCUUACGAGCGGCAGCUUCCCUAAGUGCCGCGCGUCCUCGAACACGGUUUUGUCUGCACCUGGAGCGUGCAUUAGCAGCGACCUGCGAGGCAAGUUUGCAGAUGCACUAAACACCCAGCCGAGGGAAGCGCGGUCUCUCCCCUACCCCACUCCCGAGUGGGGUCCAGAGUGAGAAACGGACACCUGGGUGGUGUACAGUACGCCCACCCCACACGCAGGUCAGGUCAGGGGACUCUUGACACCUCGUUAGGCCCCGGUGACCAUGGCGGCGCCCAGGGACCCCAGGCGGCUCUUCAGGCUGGUGCAAGAAGGCCAACUGUGCAUCCUGCGGGAGGAGCUGCAGAGACUUGGGGGCGCUGGUUGCGCGGGGCUGGCUGGCGACACCUUGCUGCACUGCGCCGCCCGCCAUGGGCAUCGGGACAUUCUUGCUUGUCUGGCCGAGGACUGGGACUUAGACAUCGAGGCCGCCAACCGAGACUACAAGCGGCCUCUACACGAAGCUGCCUCCAUGGGCCACCGAGACUGCGUGCAGUACCUGCUGUGCGGGCGAGCCAUGGUCGACUGCCUGAAGAGGGGUGACUGGACUCCUCUGAUGAUGGCUUGCACAAGAAAGAAUCUUGGGGUGAUCCAGGACCUUGUGGAACAUGGUGCAAAUCCACUUCUGAAGAACAAAGAUGGCUGGAACAGCUUCCACAUUGCCUGUCGAGAAGGUGACCCUCAAAUCCUCCAGUACUUACUCACCGUAUGCCCAGAUUCCUGGAAGACAGAGAGCAAAAUUGGCCGCACUCCCCUGCACACGGCAGCAAUGCAUGGCUGUUUAGAGGCAGUAAAGGUGCUUCUUCAGAGGUGUCAGUAUGAACCAGACUGCAGAGACAAGUGUGGCCUCACACCCUUCAUGGAUGCGAUUCAGUGUGGGUAUAUCAACAUAGCCAGGCUGCUCCUUGAAGAACAUAAGGCUUGUAUUUCUGCUGAGGAUUCCCUGGGGGCCCAGGCUAUACACAGGGCAGCAGUCACUGGGCAGAAUGAAGCCAUCCGAUUCUUGGUCUCUGAACUUGGCAUUGAUGUCGAUGUGAGAGCAACAUCAACCUACCUCACAGCACUUCAUUAUGCAGCUAAGGAAGGACAUGUGAGCACAGUUCAGAUGCUGGUAUCCUUGGGUGCUGACAUCAACUCUAAAGAUGAAAGAAAUCGAUCAGCCCUGCACCUGGCCUGCGCAGGUCAGCAUGUGGCCUGUGUCCAGUUUCUUCUGCGGUCUGGGCUGCGGGACUCUCCAGACAUCACGGGCACCCUGGCUCAGCAGCUCACACGGAGUGCAGACAUCCUUCGGUGCUUCGGCCACAGUGUGACAGCAUGAAGCUGUUUCUAAACAAAGGCAAUAAACUCAUGGAAACUUCUCCUGCUGCUUAGACUUUACCAGGUUCAGUGAAAUCUCUGCCCUCCCUCACCUACACUUUCCACUGCGUCUGAGAUUCACAGAAGAUGUGGCCACUGGCUGCCUAGCUGUGGGCAGGCACACUCAGAAUCCCUCCUUACCUGCGUCUCAUCGUGGCCUUCAAGUAGACUUGGUGUUCGUGAAGUCAGUGUCUGGGCUCCUUAGAGAAGCAUGUAAUGUGCGUGAGUAUAAUACAGUAUACAUACUUUUCUAUAUGUAUGUUCGUAUGUGUAUGUGAAAUGUUUUAUAGUAAAUAUUAUACAGUUAGACAAUAAUAUUAAAAAUAUAACAGAUUGCUAUUAGCUUGAACCAUAAAUAAUUGGCCUGUUUACUUUCUUUCAUAGGCAUUUUCUUGGUUGUUACAAUGGUUUUAGUUUUGUAGCCAGAAAAGAAGUGCUUAUAAUAUUUUAUUUACACAGACAUUUGCAAGGAAUCAAUUAACACAUUUCUAGAUUCUAAGCACUGCUAGUUAAACUAUGCUUUGAUCUUGAGGUUAUUAUUAUUUUUUUAUUAGACAAGUUCAGUAUUCAGUCCCUUAGGAUAAUAAAUACACCUGAAAAAUGCAUCUAAGAUACUUGCAAGACUUUUCUGUUACCUCAGUUGAGGAAUGGAGUUUGUUGUUAAAGCCUGCAGGUCACAUUUGUCCCAUGCCACCUGCCACUGAAGCCUGUGAUUGUGAAGGAAUGAACACUUGACGUUGUACCUUUUAAAAAAUUGUAGCAAUUUAAACAUAUUAAAAAUAGGAUGAGUCCUCAGGCAUUUGGACUCUUCUUUUUUGGGGGGUAGGGAGGAUGAUUUUCUCUGAAUUUUGGAGGAUAGCAAUUAGUCCAAGUCAAUCUGUGGAAAGAUCAACUGCAUUCAUCACAAGCAAGGCCUAAUCCACAGAUUCAGUGUAAUCCCUUAAGAGCUUGUCACAUACCCAGCUAUUCUCAGUGAUGUGCUGGGCCAGGUGAACAGCCAGAAAUUCCAGUUCUUUAUUAUGCCCAGAUGGUACUGGCUGAGUCUUGUACCCAACAAUCAGGUUAAACAUCUGGCAGUAACAUAACUUGAUUGUAUAAUCUUGUGACCUCUAUGUCAUACACAUCACAUCUUCGCUGAUUCAAGCUGCAGUCACAGCGGCUUCAGAGAUGUCUGUGCCUCUGCCCCUGGGGUAUGAAGACGGCCCUGUUAUGUGCAGGCGGGAUGGCAGUUCAGUCUGGUGCUGGCUUCCUCAUCCCCUCAGCGUAUAUGUGAAGCUGCUGUUAAUUUGCAGUGACUACGUGUGAGACCGUUCACAGAUGCAGCUUUGCUUCUACUGUACCCACUCGUACUAGUUCCCCACCGGGCAGCAGUGAGGGAAUAUCUAGUUACAGGUUUGUUCCCAGGAGUUCCAGAGGUGGCAGUAAUGACGAUAACAUUAACUGUGGCAGAUAGUAGUGACUAUACAAUAACCACCUUACUGUAAUAAUGUAUUAAGAAUGCUAAUGACAAUAGUGAUAAUAAUUAACAUUACUUCCUACUUCUAGUUAUAGGUACUUUUCUCAGUUCUUUGAGUCUUAAAAGUCACCUCAGUGAGGCCCCCCUAAGCCACCCACUCUAAAAUUUUGUUGCCUUCAGCAUUUUAUAUCUCCUUAGUUUUUUUCUCCUUCAUGAUUACCACUAUCAAGUAUAUUAUAAAUUUUGAGUUACUUCAUCUUGUUUCUUGUCUGUCUCCCCACUAGAAUGUCAGCUCCUUGGGCAGGGCUUUUGUCUCUCUUGCUUACUCACUUAAUCUGCAGACCCAGAACAGAGCCCGGCACAUUGUAAUGUUUGACAUUAUAUGAUCAACAAGUGAAUGGUAUCAAUUCAUGUUUCUUGAACACUUACUAUAUCCUAGAUUCUUUGCCAAGCACCUUACCUAGAGGGUCUCAUUUUACCCCUUGGCCCUUGCACAAUGCAGCCCCUCCUGUUUAUUGUUCCUUCCCAACCAUCCUUUCUCACCCAGAAUCCCUUAGAGGGGCUACCCUCGGUUCCAUCAACUCAUAGGCACUGCUCAGCUUGCUGCGGUCCAGCCUAGCUGCUACUCUGUGCAGGGCUUUUCUCUAUCAGGUUACCAGAGACUUCCCAAUAACCAAAUCAAGUAAUACAGUUUUAGCCACGUUACUGAUCCAUUCAUUUUAAUUAUUCAUCACUCCCACCUUCUAGAAGUGUGUUCUUCUCACCUCCAAUAGCAUUCUCCUGGGAUUUUCUUUCUAACUGUUCCUUUUUCAUCUCCAUAAUGUCCUGUAAAUGCUAGUGUGACAACUUCUGUCUCCAACUCACUGUUGUUCAUAUUCUGCAUAUGUUCCCAGAGCCAUCUCAUCCAUUCUCCUCAUUUCACCUGAACCCUAAUGCUGGUGACACUCUAGUCUCUAACCUUUAUUUUCCACUGCCUGCUGUACAUUUUUUGCACAGAUAUUCUAAGACUGUCCCACACUCAAUUCAUUCAAAACCUAGGUUUCCUCUUAACCUGUUUACAUGUGUGCCCAUGUUCACUGCCUAACUUGAUGACACUGCAAGUCACCCAGUCACCAAAGUUGGAAACCAGGAAUCUGUAACUCUUCCUCCAGCAGGAAGCCCUGCUUAGUCUAUUCCACCCCAGCCCUACUAAGACUCCCUGAUUCAAGCCUUCAGACUCUUGUCCAGACCACUGUUGUGGCAGCUUUUUAACCAUUCCUCCUAUUCUCAGUCUUGUUCUCUUCAAAUCCGUCCUCCACACAGCUUCGAGCUCCCACUCACAUGACCAAGCGCACUGAGCUGCAGGUGGCUCACCAAGUCUCCCCUCCAGAGAACACACCUGCACACUCACCAAGAUUUUCAGCACCCUGAUACAGAGUCACUUCCUCAGAGCUUUUGGCUGGUCCUGGAAGAGCACCUGAUCCACUGCGACAGUCUGUUCCUGGGACUGAUCAGGCCGAAGUCCUGAGGAGAGAUACAAAUCAGUAAGAAUGGUAAAUAUUUGAAAAUAGCCAGGACUGACAUGUAUCAAUUACCAAGAAAGUAUUUACAAGACAAAAAUAGAAAAGGAAGGAACUUCCAGCCAAGAUGGAGGUGUAGGUAGACACACUGUGCCUUCUCACAACCAAAAGGACAACAACAAAUUUAAAAACAAAAAAACAACCAGAACUGACAGAAAAUUAAACUGUAUGGAAGUCUGACAACCAAGGAGUUAAACAUUCAUCCAGACCAGUAGGAGGGGCAGAGACAGGCAGCUGGGUAGAGAGGACUCUCAGCAAGGCAGCAGCUGGCAGACUGGGUGGUCCCACAUUCACAUGCAGAUAAACUGGGAGGAACAACAAGGGGGCGGGACAGACUGAGCAGGGUUCCAGCACAGGGAAAUAAAGCCUCAAACCUCUGAUUGAGAACACUGUGGGGGUUGAGGCAGCAGCAGGUAAAACUCCAUGCCUCACGGGAGAGUUCAUUGGAGAGACCCACAGGGUCCUAGAACGUACACAAACCCACCUACCCAGUAAUCAUCAGAAGAGCCCAAUUUGCUUAAGAGAAGAGGGGGAAGUAACUGAAAUCCAGCAGAGAGUGGAGCAAGCUGCAUUGUUCCCUCUCUGUCCCUCCCCCCACAUACAGCAUCGCAACACAGCAACGUGAGUUGCUCUGCCCUAGUGACACCUAAGGCUCCACCCCUUACUACAAGACAGGCGCACUGAGAUGAAAAAAAAUGGCCCAACUGAAAGAUCAGUUCAAAGCUCCAGAAAAAAUACAACUAAGCGAUGAAGGGGUAAGCAACCUAUCAGAUGUACAGUUCAAAACACUGGCAAUCAGGAUACUCACAGAAUUGGUUCAAUAUGGUUGCAAAUUAGAUGAAAAAAUGAAGGCUAUGCUGAGUGAAAUAAAGGAACCAACAGUGAUCAAUGGUGUGGACCAGAAGGAAGAAAGAAACAUUCAACCAGAACAGAAUGAAGAAACAAGAAUUCAAAAAACUGAGGAAAGGCUUAGGAACAUCCAGGACAUCUUUAAAUGUUCCAAUAUCUGAAUCAUAGGGGUGCCAGAAGGAGAAGAGGAAGAGUGAGAAAUUUAAAACUUAUUUGAACAAAUAAUGAAGGAAAACUUCCCUAAUCUGGCAAAGGAAAUAAGUCCAGGAAGUCCAGGAAGCUCAGAGUCCCAAAGAACUUGGACCCAAGGAAGCACCCACCAAGGCACAUCAUAAUUACAUUACCCAAGAUUAAAGAUAAGGAAAGAAUCUUAAAAGCAGCAAAAGAAAAGGAGACAGUUACCCACAAAAGAGUGCCCAAAGACUGAGCUGAUUUCUCAAAAGAAAUCUUGCAGGCCAGAAGGGGCUGGAAAGAAGUAGUUGAAGUCAUGAAAGGCAAGGACCUACAUCCAAGAUGACUCUACCCAGCAAAGCUGUCAUUUAGAAUGGGAGGGCAGAUAAAGAGCGUUCCAGAUAAAGUCAAGUUAAAGAAGUUUAUCAUCACCAAGCCCUUAUUAUAUGGAAUGUUAAAGGGACUUAUCUAAGAAAAAGAAGAUAAAUAUAAAGGGUAAAAUGACAACAAACCCACAGUUAUUAACAACCAAACCUAAAACAAAAACAAAUGAACUAAGCAAACAACUAGAACAGGAACAGAAUCAGAGAAAUGAAGAUCACAUGGAGGGUUAUCAGUGGGGGAGCGAGUGGAGAGGGGGGAAAGGUACACAGAAUAAGUAGCAUAAAUGGUAGGUGGAAAAUAGGGGGAGGUUAAGAAUAAUAUAGGAAAUGUAGAAGCCAAAGAACUUAUAUA